UCUACGUCAGAGAGAAAACAUCUUCACGAUGGCGGACGUUUUGGACAUUCACGAAGCAGAAGGAGAUGAAGAAUUUCAGGUUGACGAGGAAUCUGAUCAAAGUAUUCAGAAGCUGAGGCAAAGCGUAAAAAAGAGGAAAGGGAGAGGAUUUGGCGCUGAAGGAGGAAUCCGUACUGCUGAUGAUGAAUUCCAGGGUCUUGAGAUUGAUACAAGUGAAACGGGGCCUCAAAGAUCUGUAGAGGGUUGGAUAUUAUUUGUGACCGGAGUGCAUGAAGAGGCUACAGAGGAGGAUGUAAGGGAUAAAUUUGCUGAUUAUGGAGAGAUAAAAAACACACAUGUCAACCUUGACAGGAGAACAGGUUACCUCAAGGGCUACGUGUUGGUGGAAUUUGAAACAUUCAAAGAAGCACAGAAAGCUAUGGAUGCCUUAAACGGUGAAGAGAUCUUAGGUCAAACAAUCAACGUUGACUGGGCUUUCGUCAGGGGACCACAUGAAGGAGGAUCAAAGAAAAGGAGUGGGAGAAGACGUUAACACACGUAUUGAAGGAGUAUAGGGUCUGUGUAAAAAUUUUCUUGUUGUAUAUGCCUCAACCUUGUGACCCAGUAGAGAGGAAAAGCGGAUCAUCUGGGUUUUUGUAAAAAAAAUGUGCAAACUUGAACUUACUGCAUAAAAACUGCCAUUGAUAGUAACUUUCCCAUCAGUGGUCACUCUAUCAUGGAGAUAACACUAGUCAAUUCAAUGUGGACAUCAAGAGUCUUUAUUAAGCUGUGGUAAAGAGACUAUGAUGUGAGGUAUACUUGAGUAUCAUUCAAUAUUCCAAUCUCACCAAAGUGUUGUGGUUUUGCUUUUGUUUGUUUUUUAUGAUUUUUCUUACAAAAUCAGUGAUUUGAUAUGAGAAAGUUAAAUACAAAUGAUUAUAUCAAAAGUAAAAUAAAAAUGAUUAUAUCCAAAAUUUCAGCCCAUUUCAUGCUUGAGAAGGGAUAUUUAUAAAAAGGGAAAAAUGUUCAGAUAUUUUUUGUUUUCAUCAGGCACUUGAUGAACAAUAGAUAUUUCUUCAAAGUUGCAUAUUACAAGCUAUGAGUCACUUUUUAUAUCAUACCUUUCACUCCAUAAUAGUUUUAGGACAUGCACAUUCAUAUGAUGUUGUAAUUGACUGGAACAGUGUUAUUCACUCUUACCAAAAGUCGAGAGAGACUUUAACAUUGAUGGCAAAGCUACUUACGAUGUUUUGUUUCAUGCAAUGCUCUUUUCCUGAACAGAACAAUUCUCUAUAAAUGCAGAGGUAUUUCACAGAGAAGUGCAUUGGAAUUGAAUUGCUACAUGCAGUACAAAUGCAUUACUGACUGCAUUGGACACAUUGUGUCCAUGAUAAGUGUGUUGGCAAUCCAUCACAGAAAUCAAUAUUGCAUGCAUAUGUUGUAUUACACAUUACUCAAUAUAUUCUCUUGACUCUCUAUGGAACUCCUUUAUCUUCUUCCAAGGCCAAGGUAUUUGUACAGAACAUGUUAUUGUAAUGCUGGGACUUCUAAUCAAUUCAGAAAGUGCAGUCACAUUUGAUGGAUGCAUGGUCCAUUCAUCACA